AUGGAAGUUUCAGACAUUAAGAAGGCAUUGCGUACACACAGAAUGGAAAGUAUCAAAAGUAAGAUCGACUUCGCAGACAUAAGCAGUUAUGACAUUGUCCCAACUCCACCAAAGGAGCCAAAACCAGAAGCAAACAGACUUCACCGACGUCACGGAAUCCGUGCACAGAAAUCAUAUCAGGCAAAAUAUACUACCCCACCAGAAUGCGAGACACAGAAGUAUGGAACAGAACCUGGUGCUGGAAAUGGUUCAGGUGAUUUUUGUAGAACCAGAAACACAGAUUUGCCCUGGUAUUGUCCAAGUACAAGUCCAAGAGACACAUUUUACGGGAAAGGAGAAACGAACAUUCAUAAAAAGGACAUUUGCAACGAUCUCAAAUCAACAUCUGCUGGUCUGCAGACAAACUUAUCUGUGAAAGAAGUAUUGAAUAACAAUCCUAUAAGGUACCCAGUCCCUGGGCCCAGAGACCAGUUGGUGCCAAGUCCUUUCCCCAUCAACAAGAACAAACUGGCUCCUGUGGUGGACCCCAAGAAAAAUCCUAAAUCUAAAACUGCUCAUGCGAUUCCACGUCCAGCCAUCGCUGUACACAUGCCCUUUGACAAACAAAGAGAGAAUGAUACUUUCACUGGUCAGCAGAUCACAACACCCAUGCCUGAAGCAACAAUUAACACAAAUCCUAUAAGGUACCCAGUCCCUGGGCCCAGAGACCAGUUGGUGCCAAGUCCUUUCCCGAUCAACAAGAACAAACUGGCCCCUGUGGUGGACCCUAAGAAAAAUGCUAAACCAAAAACUGCUCGUGCUGGUCCAUGCCCGGUCAAAGCUGUGCACUUGCCAGUGUACCGUGACAACACGGAGUCCAGUUGUAUACUGACACAAAUGUUUGGUGACAGAGACACUGAUUUAACUGACAGUGUUAUCCCAGUGACAAAACAAAGGCGACCCAGCAGAUACCCGGGUUCCCGGGAACAACUGCUGCCCAACCCCUUCUCAAUUAACAAGGCAUGUCUACCACCCAUCGUCAAACGCGGAAGAGUUGUCGCCCCUAUGUGUGGCUAG